CACCUCUUCUCCAACUCGUUCUAAACGGGGCUCUAUGGAAAAACAAAGAAGAAAAAACCAAUAUUUUUGUUUGUUUCUCUGAAACAAAAAUCAAGAAGUAAAAAAUGGUGAAGGAGGAACUGUACAUAACCGUACCGAGUUUUUUCCGGUGUCCAAUCUCACUGGACAUAAUGAAGUCCCCGGUUAGCCUCUGUACGGGCAUUACCUACGAUCGUUCAAGCAUCCAGCAAUGGUUCGAUUCCGGUCACGACACGUGCCCUGCCACCAUGCAGGUUCUAUCUUCUAAGGAUUUCGUCCCUAACCUCACUCUCCAUCGUCUAAUUAACCUCUGGGUCCAAUCUUCCACUCGCCGGCCAGGUUCUGACUCUCCACGGCUGCUUCAGGCGGCGCCUACUGUCAUAUCGGAGGUUCAAGCUAAGCUAUUGAUAGAAAAGAUUGAGAGCGAGAGCUGUGUCGAUUCUUUGUCUAAGGUUGCCGAAUUUGUAAGCUGUUGUGAAGAGAAUCGGAGAUUUGUAGUUGGAUUCGGCUGUUUUAUUGAGGUAAUUGCCGGCGUUUUGAGAAGGAAAUGUGUGGAAAUCGAGGCUUUGGUAAUGGCGGUUAAGAUUUUGGAUUUGAUUUUGAGUGAAAACGGAGUCAAAAAACGGUUAAACAAACUAAUCCUCAAAAGCAAUCAGGAAAACAAUUUCUUUUCUACAAUCAUUCCAAUUCUCCAAAAUGGAAGCCUCGACUCGAAGAUCAUAUCUGUCCAAAUUCUGGACUCACUCGCACUCGACUCAGAAUCCAAACAAAUAAUUGCCAACUCACAAAACCUUAUAUCCACCCUUCUCCAUCUCCUCAAAACCAGCAACAACAAUCAAUCCUUAAAUGACGCCGUCAUCUCCCUUUUAACCACCGUUUCAAUAACUCGUUCAGUCAAGUCCCACUUAAUCCAAAACGGCGCCGUUGGAUUCCUAUCAAACUUCCUAACCGAAAAGUCAUUGAAGUUGUUAGCAAUACUUUGCAAAUGCAGCCAAGGGAGGUUAGCGAUCAGUUCGGAACCGAAAUGUGCAGCGGCGAUAGUGGAAAAGUUGCUGAAGGUGUCAAAAACGGCGACGGAGGAUGCCAUAUUGGUGUUGUGGAGCAUGUGUUGCUUGAGCAAAGAUGAGAAAGUGAAAGAAGAGGUGGUUGAAGGGAAUGGGUUAACCAAAAUUUUGGUGGUAAUGCAAAAAGAAGGGGAAGGGAACGUCAAGAUGAUGUGUAGGGAUUUGGUUAAGGCUCUAAGGGCGGGAUGCAAAGAUUGGUUCUUGGGAAGUUACGAGACCAAGACUAGUCAUAUUAGGCCUUACUUUUAUCAGAUGAACUCCAAAAGCGAAAGCCAAAAGGCCAUCAGACACAUGAGAAAUCAUGAAGCCAAACUCAUACCGAGACUUAAAGAAGCCAUUUCUCCCCUUUACCAUUCAACAGCACGGAAAGAUUUGCAAAGAUAAUCAAAUCCAGAGUUUCUAAAGGGAUAAAUGCAUCGCAUCCACCAACAGCAGCAGGGAAAUUUUCAUUCAUUCAUGCAUUUAGUCACAUAAAUAUGAACUGACUAGGUCAUUUUCUAGCAUUAGAAAUAAGUUGGAGAGUUUUCACUCCUUGUGCAAUGGAUAUAUAAUCUAGCUUGAUUACAGUAAAAUUCUAUAAAUACACAAGUACCUUCCUUUCAUAUUUAAUAGCCAACUUGAUACCCAAAGUAGGAUAAAAACAAUUCUAGCUAAUGUAAUUUUACACAAAAAGAAUUAGUUAUUGUUGCUUGAUUCUAUAAGCAGUCUUCAUGCAUAACUUGACAGGGAAAUUUUGUAGGGGAAAAACAAUGAUAGAUUGCGUUUAUCUCAAAGAAAAUACAAACCAUUGCAAAUGAUGUAUCUCAAACCCAUAUGACCCAUUUAUCUCCUUGCUACUUAACACCAGAAAACUUUAUAAUGAUGGAGAUCGGCCACAAAUUGUGAAGCUACAAUUAUCUUUUAAUAAAAAGAAUCUAAAUUACAAACAGCACCCUAAAUGGAACACUAUUAAUCAUUGUGAAUAGAUUAACUAAAACACACCACCAAUCCAUAAAAGAUUGAUCUAAAAGACAACAAGAAGAAAUUACCAGAAAAGUACCAUUACUACCUAGUCAACUUGGAAGUCUUAGGCACUUGAUACAAUUACUUUAAAUGGUCCUUAUUCUUUAAGUGAAAACUUAAAAUGCGCAUGGACUAGUAAAGAUUGUAUAGAAAAUUAGAGCCAGAAAAAAGUAAUAUUCAGCAUAUUGAACCUAAGGUAUUGAGGAAAAAGAAGGUUCUUCAUGCAUUGGUACAUCAAUCAAACUUAUUUUUCAUUGGCAAUAUAUUAUUAGUUGGAAAAACAGAAACUUUAACCAAGAAACAACCUGUGUAUACCAACAGUAGAUAACGUAAUGCCAAAAAUCAAUUUGUUUGAACUACUAUGGAAACAAAUAUAACAAAAUAUAGAAAAUGUUUGGCAUUAUCACCAACUUACUGUAAAUCAAGCCAGAGCAACACUGAUUUCAGACAACCCCUUCUCCUUCUGCUUCAAAUACUGA